AUGGCAACAUUUGCACCCGGAUCACUUGAGGCCGAAUGUCCAGGAGGUUUGGAUUGGGCUUGGGACGCUCUCGGUGAAUGCAUUCGCUCAACCAGAGACCUGGUUUCCAUCAUAUUUGGCAUUAUGAGCAUUAUCUGCUGGGUCAUCUUCGGUUUGCCGCAAAUUAUUGAAAACUGCAGGAAGAAGAUACCCGACGCUGCAGUCUCAAUAUUUUUGCUCCUAUUUUGGGUUUUUGGUGACUCACUCAACUUUAUUGGCAGCUUCCUCACUAAUCAACUCUUCCUACAGAAAUUAUUGGCUGGCUAUACAGUUUUCAUUGAUAUCGUCCUCUUCUCGCAAUACGUGUUCUACAAGCACCGAAAUAAGAAACUACGUGAGAAAGAAGAACUUGAAGAGUAUUCCAGUGAUGAAAAAGAUGAAAUUUCUGAGGAAAUGGCAACCAAGGGGAAGAUUCUACUAACAGCUCUAUUCGGGAUUACUGGAGUAGGAAUUCUGUCAGUGAGUGCAGGCCAAUCAUCCAUGGUGGAUGCAUCUUCUGGAUAUGUAACACGACAACUGCUCCAAUCCGCGGAGGCCCCAGGUCCUUUUGACGACUUUCUACCCACAGUAGGUGAAAAGAUUGGCUAUGCAUUUGGCUGGAUUAGCUUCUUCAUGUACGCUUCCGGACGAUGUCACCAAAUCUAUCUCAACUGGCACAGAAAGACAACGGAGGGUCUAAGCGUGUACCUCUUUGUACUGGCCGUCCUAGGAAACGUCUUUUAUUCUUGUCAAAUUUUUAUCCGAUCAAUUGAUGCCGUUUUUGUGGUUACAUCGUUGCCAUGGAUUCUCGGUAGUCUAGGAAUGCUGGUGUUUGAUUUUAUCAUCUUCGCGCAAUUUUUCCACUACAGAGAUAAUAAACCUGAAAAUAUGGAUGUUGAAUUUGUUUCCGAGGAAGAAAGUUCUUAA